UGUCGUUGGUCCGUGGUGCUAUAAGCAGCCCCCAGACACGAGGGUUGUGCAGGGCUGGUGGCGGAGGCAAAGGUUGUGUCUUCUGCAGGCUCAGCCCAGCCUGGUAGAGGUCAGGGCUGAACGGGAGAGGUGGCCUGGGGAGCGUGGGGUGCAGCUGCAGCCCCCACACAGGGCAGACUUGGGGCCUGUGCCACCCCAGCUCUGGAUAAUGAGCAACGUCUGACAUGGUGUAGCUUCUCUUAAAGCAUCAUCUGCGAGGACGCAGCCCCAUUGGCGUUCUAACAGAGCGCCCGUUAUAAGUCAAGAACGUAUUUUGCGUUUGAUGGCACUUUUGCUGUGUGCAAAACAGUAUGGAAGGAGGUUGUCUUUCCAGUCCCGGCAGAAGGCAUUUGACACUUCAGUGACAUUUUUACUACUCGGAGGGCUGAAGGCGGCUUGCCAUUUUAGAUUAACGGUUGUCUUAGGCUGUGAAGUGGGGAAGUUUCUCCAGUAUCAGCCCAGCAUCCAUAGAAAGAAAGGGGAGGCAAAAGGGGCUUGAAGAAUAAUACCUUUUAAUAUUAAAAGGAUCGAGUGUGUUUUCAAAAUGUAAAGAUGAAGUUUUAGCUGUGUUGGCGCAUAGAUGACUCUGGGUGAUAUGAAGUCAGUCUGACCUUUUCCCAGAGGGUUUCCAGUGUUAGGAACAGGGCAAUAUGGGGUGAUAACGACCCAACAGUCUGACUUAAAAGUACUCAUUGUUCUAAACUCCCUUAAAACCUGUCUUUUCAGGGAAGGCAGACAUGUUGCAGUGAAAAUAGCAAAGAAUUUUGAUUGGUCCACCGAUGCGGCUCGUGAGGAAAUACAGGUGCUGGAAGAUUUAAAAGCAUCAGACCCCAGCAAUGCCUAGUAAGCACACAAAGCCAACCGUGAUGUGUUUUGGCUCGAAGACUUCUUCUAGUGUUCUUCUAGUGCACACAGUGUGUGUAUGAGCGCUGCACAACUCGCUGUUGCAAUGCAUGUGUUUUCCUGCUUUUGCAGUCACUGUGUCCAGAUGUUGGGAUGGUUUGAGCACCAUGGACACGUCUGCAUUGUUUUUGAGCUCCUGGGGCUCAGCACCUUUGACUUUAUGAGCGUCAAUGACUUCUUGCCGUUUAACCUGGACGACAUUAGACACAUGGCUUAUCAGAUCUGCACCUCUGUCAACUGUAAGUGUGUUUCCUCAUUGCUUUAUUUGUUAAAGUUUCUUUGCAGAUCCCGCUAACUCUGUGAGUUCUCUUGCAGUUUUGCACAUGAAGAAGUUGACACAUACAGAUCUGAAGCCAGACAAUAUUGUCUUUGUGAAAUCUGACUACGUAGAAGAGUACAACCCCAAACUGGUAAGUUGCCAUCCUCUUCCCCACUCUCCUCCACCUCAGUCAUCCUCUGCGUUCAUCUGGUCACUUGCAUCCCACCACCUUUCAUUUCAGGAAUGCACUGAAUGCAGACUGAGAAAACCAGACAUCAGACUUGCGGACUUUGGGUGCGCCACUUACGAUCAUGAUUACCAUAACCCUGUGGUGACUACUAGACCUUACAGAGCUCCCGAGGUGGUCCUAGAGCUCGGAUGGUCCCAUCCAUGCGAUGUGUGGAGCAUAGGAUGUACUCUCCUGGAAUACUACCGUGGAGUCUUAGUAUUUGAGGUAGGCAACUCUAUCCCUCAGAAGCAUGCAGCAUGCCCAGCACUCCCCAACUUGAUGAACAUAAGCUACGGAGAGGUGGGGACUAAAGGCAAUGGUCUGUGCGAGAAAGUAAGCUGCAUUCCUCUGUGGUGCCAAGUUGAAGAGAACAGAAGAUGUAGGCCACAAGGAACGUUCUCAGCGGCAGAUUUUGACAAGUUACUUUCAGUAGACGUUUUGGCAGCGUCUUGAAAUGAAGGGUCGCCCUGUUAACUUUUGGCAUUUACAAGGCACCUUAAUACCAGAUGUGGCUUCAUCUAUCACCAUCAGCAAAUACUACUCAAAGGAUUGAAUCCUGUCCUCUUGACAGUAUUGCUGAAACGGAACUUGAAGAAGAGAGGAAGAAAAAACACCAAGGCAAGAUCAAGGGGAAUGAAAUCCAGUAGCUUCUAACUUCUUUCAGGAAACAGAGAACUCGAGCCUCUCAUUUUUUUGUCGAUCAGUUUCAGGUUAUUGUUUGCAGGGUACAGUCAAAAAUGAAGUCAGGCUGGUGUGUGCUUCUUGAUAACUUCCUCUGAACAAGGAACGAAAAACGUCUCUCUUGACUUCCUUGCAGCCCGAUGACAACAUAGAACACCUGGCAAUGAUGGAGCGAUUACUGGGGCCUUUGCCAGAUCAAAUGAUAAAGAGAGUUGUUUCUUCAAAG